GUUUUUGUGAACCGGUUGUGAAGAUUAGUGAAAGGAGCCGAAAGACGCAAAGUGCCAACAGUAACUGCAGAGCUCCAAAAAUGGAGCUAGCUCUACACACCUAUCCAAUGCUUCCCGGAGAUAAACUGGUCCUUACCCAUUACUCCCACAUCGAUAAAUUCCUCACCGCCCCAUUCAGCACCAAAAUUCCGUUGCCCCAUUUCACUAGAAACCGAUUCCGGCAAUCCCGUUUCCACUUCCAAACCCGUAGCACUUCCAGGAACAGGAACAACAACCGAAGCCUUAUCUUGUCAGAGGAACAGUAUGAUUCUGAAGAGGAUGCAGAGACGACAUCGUAUUCGGAGGACGAGUCUUCGUUCUUGUCUCUGAGUGUGAAGCCUGACAGGAACAUGGCCUUGCUCGACGACUAUGAGAUGGAGGAGCUUGACUAUACCUCAGACCCCAACCAUCGUAGCGGUUAUGUGGCUGUACUUGGCAAGCCAAAUGUCGGAAAGAGUACACUUUCAAACCAGAUGAUAGGCCAAAAACUUUCAAUAGUUACAGAUAAACCUCAAACUACGAGGCACCGAAUUCUUGGUAUAUGUUCUGGCCCACAGUAUCAGAUGGUGCUUUAUGACACACCUGGUGUUAUUGAGAAGAAAAUGCACAAGUUGGACUCUAUGAUGAUGAGGAAUGUUCGAAGCGCUGCCGUCAAUGCAGACUGUGUACUUGUCCUUGUUGAUGCAUGUAAAGUGCCCCAAAAAAUUGAUGAAGUGUUAGAAGAAGGUGUAGGAAACCUCAAAGAUAAACCACCCACUUUGCUGGUUUUGAAUAAGAAAGACAUGAUUAAACCGGGUGAAAUUGCAAAGAAACUGGAGUGGUAUGAGAAAUUUACAGAUGUAGAUGAGGUUAUACCUGUGAGUGCAAAAUAUGGUCAUGGAGUGGAAGAUAUCAAGGACUGGAUACUAUCAAAACUUCCUGUUGGACCACCUUAUUAUCCAAAGGAUAUUGUUAGUGAGCACCCAGAAAGAUUCUUCAUAUCUGAAAUUGUUAGAGAAAAGAUCUUUAUGCAAUACCGUAAUGAAGUUCCUUAUGCAUGUCAGGUGAAUGUAGUGAGCUAUAAAGCGAGGCCAACUGCAAAAGAUUUUAUACAAGUAGAAAUUGUUGUUGAACAGAAUUCGCAGAAGAUCAUCCUCAUUGGGAAAGAAGGGAAGGCUCUGAAACUACUUGCAACAGCUGCCCGGCUUGACAUCGAAGACUUCUUACAGAAGAAGGUCUUUCUUGAGGUUGAAGUGAAAGUGAAGGAGAAUUGGCGGCAAGAUGAAGGGCUGUUGAAGUACUAUGGCUAUGGAGGCCAAAUUCGAGCGCUAUGACUAGCCUCCUCCUUAUUGUCUUCUAUCCACAAUGGAAUAUUCUGAAUAUAAGGGCCCAAUAGAUCUGUCUGUCAAUGUCUCUUGUUAGCAACUCAAGACUUGAAGCCGAUAUUUGGUAGCUGAUUUGCCAGCAGGCUUUCGUAGGGUUCAUGGGCCGGUCUUACAGAGUGAAGACGACACCAUUUGAGGCUUUGCUUAUUUAAUUACAUUUAUCAGCCAUUCGUUUUCUGUUCAUGUGAUCUGAUCGUGUCAUUUUCAAUGAACGGCCAUACAUCUCAUGUCACAUGUCGGAAGAGAGUUGGAUCCGCAGCUCACUAAUUAAUGUCAGUUACAGAGUGAAGUUUGAGAGAGAGAGAGAGAGAGAGAGAGGUAUUCUUGAGGGGUUUUUUUUUUCGUUCCUAAUUAACUACCUUCAACGUGGUGUAUUCUUAAGGCCAUUGAAUUCAGGUGUUCUUAUCUUUUAAUGUUUGAGGAGAGUGAAGAGCUAACCAAAGGAUGACAAUGGUAAGAGAAUGAGGGGAGAGUAAAUGCUUUCUUUUCUUAAUUCUUUGAGUUGAUUACUUGCCAAAAGUUAUUAAUUCCUUUGUUUUUGUCUAUUUUUUCCUUCAUUUAAGAAUCUCCAUUUGAAUUACAGAAUGACAUCUCUCUAAAAACUAAUAUGCAUCUUUGGAAAACUCCAAAAAAGAAGCAUGAAUGUUGAAGCUAUAAGAUACUCCCACACGGCCGCUCAGUAGAGCAGUAAAAGCCAAAAACAGGUGAAAGAUCAUAGAUUGCAAUGGCCUACGAGAUCUGUGGAACCCAAGCCCAGAAAAAAGAGACAGCAUUGGUGGAACCAUAAAGAGGGCAUCAGAUGCUGCUCCUCACAUGGGUUUAGCUAUCAAACCCUCCAAGUUCUGCCGCGUGGUAGAUUAGAUAGAGACAUCAAAGCAAUAGAAAUCACCAAAAAUAGAAAAAAAGCAAUGAAAAGUGGUCACUGUUUCGAAUACAAUUUCUUUGGUCUUUACAUUGGGGAAGCUUACAAACGAUUGCAGAGAUUGAGAAUGCAGAGACCAGAGAACAUGCACAUUUUUUGUUUCUUCUCUAUACAAUAAAUGAGUUCAAUACAA